AAACACGUCAGUUGGGAACGCCGCACUUCUUAGCAGCGGCGGCGGCGGCGGCGGCGGCUCCCUUCUGGGGAAGGGCGACGUGAGGCCCGGUCGCUUCCCCGGGCCCGCGGCUCCGUCAUGAACAGCGUGGGGGAGGCCUGCACGGAGCUGAAGCGCGAGUAUGACCAGUGCUUCAACCGCUGGUUCGCCGAGAAGUUCCUGAAGGGGGAGAACGCGGGGGACCCCUGCGUGCAGCUCUUCAAGCGCUACCAGCUCUGCGUGCAGAAAGCUAUUAAGGAGAAAGACAUACCCAUUGAAGGACUGGAAUUCAUGGGUCCCAGUAAAGGAAAAGCUGAAAACUCCUCCUGACCUUGUUUGGGCAUAUUGUGCCAUUACAAUGACCUUUUGGACUUAGAAAAAGAACCUCACAAAGACUAGAAGAUUGCCUUGGAUUAGCUGUUAUUUCUGCCUGGCUUUUUAAGAAGCAAGAAGUCUUUUCUGCAGUUUCUUUCAGCUAGGUUGUGUGGCAAUUACUGUUUCAUCUUAAAUGAAUGUUGUUGGUGGUCUGGCAUCAUGUGGUGUGUGAAAAGCCUUUUUAUCAAUCUAUGAUCAUAAGUGAAUGUACUCUGAACGGGAAUAUUUAUUGAAAUAGGUUUAGAUAUUAGCUGGUCUAUGAUCAGUUGCUUUUUUAUUUAUAUUAUAAUAGAUAAUUUUAAAUGCUGAAAUUAAUGUGAAAGGGGUUAAUUUACUUAUGGGAGUGUGCUGCUGGAUUUUUAUGGGGAUAGAGUUGGUUUCAGUUUUCCUGAAACCUGAUGUGCUACAGCUUUGCUUCUUAUUGUGCAACUGUAGUGGUGUCAUAGAAAUACCACUGCUGGAGUUGCAAUGAUUUUUGUUUGAAUACACAAGGUGUUUUAAUAUAGAAUACGCAUCUGUUAAGUAAAGUUAUGCUUGACUAAAUGAGACAACUGUCCAAUUAAACCUGCCUGUGCCCUUUAAGAUGGAAAGGGGCCAGCCUGUCCCAGAAGUGAACAGGAGCAACUACUUUCAGAAGGUACUUUCAACAGCCUCAGGCAGUCUAUGCGGAGUUGAAAGGCACUGACGCAACCUUGAAUUUAACUCUGCUACUGAAUGGCUGUUGCCCCAUAAAUAAAGCUUCAACAGCAAUUAAAUUACACUUCAGUUGUCCUUCUCCAACAGGCACCCCCUACGUGCCCAAAAACACUCCCCAGAUUAGCCUCAAAAUCAUGAAGUUAGAUGUCAGCUUAAGUUGUCUAAUUCAAAUAUCUAAGGGGUUUCUGCCUAUGAUGCCCUAAAACAGUACCCAACUGUCAGUUGGAAGUUUGUCUUCCUGCUUUGUAAUAAUAAGAAAUCUGAAAGGAGAGGGAGAAAUGCAACUUUGAUAUAUCCCUGCAUGAAAACUAAUGUCCUAAACCAAAAUUUAGCUGGCUGAAUUCAAGAGUUAUUUAAAUUUUGAUUUAGUAAUAUCAGGAACUGUUGAAUGGUGAUCUUAGUGUAGCAUGUAAAGGAUUAGUCAAGAACUAAGCUUGUUUUCCAAAUUUCUUUAGAGACUUUUUUGUUUAGCCCUCUUCCUUACAGCAAUGCACCUUGCUCUCUAGCCUUCCUACUGAAAAAGACUUUUCAUAAGGAAGCUCCUGAUGGUGUGUUUUAACUCAAGUCAACCUGAAGUCUAUGAAAAACAAAGCUUCCCCUCCUGCCCCCAGCUCUUCCUUCCUAAAUCCCUCUGGAGGUCUUCAAGAAUGGAUCUUUUUUUCUCUAGACCUUAAUGUAACUGGAGAAAGCAAGAGGUGUGGGUGACUCAGAACAGCGGUUAGUUUCCCCUUCUCUGAACCUAAGGUUUGCAAAAAGAGAAAAUCCUCCCCAGAGCCUUAUGAAAGAGUUGAGGGAGGGAGUUUCCUCCCCAUGAACCCAUCAUGAGCAAAGGGAGCAGUUGAAGGAGUGAGAAAAGGAGUCUCCUCUCCACCAAAUGUGUUAAAAACUGUUGCCAUUCUUUUGGACCAUAGGAGGGUUUCAGUCCUUUGGAAAGGAGUUAGUUAAUAGGAUAGGAGCUCUGUUCCUAGGCACCUUCUAGGUGCUAAACAUGGGGAAAACCUUUAUCUUAAUAAGACUUUUUGUAAGAAUUGAAGCUUCUUUAUUAUGAUAUUAUGUAUUCAAAAGUUUCAUUAGCCCAGUGACCAUAACAUUUAGAAUACCUUAAGGGGCUGUAUGGCCAUACAUAGCACCCCAAAAAAUUAAGCAUAGCAUAUGGGAGCCAAUCGUUCCCACUGUCUUCAGUAUGGGCCUGAUUCUGCUAGCUGCUGAGGGCAUUCAGCUUCCUACAGCACUGAGAUGGAAUCAGUUUGAUCCUGUAAGGGGCUAGCACCCUGUUCUCCAAGUAUUAUUAGAAACAGCACUAGCUUAUAUUUCAGCCUCAUACACCCAGACUGAGAGCUAACAUGGAAAAAAAAUAGCAUGGUAAAAGUCACCAAUAAAUAUCAGGCAUUUAUAUAUGAAACAAGCUAUAAAGACAGUUUUCUUUGGAGCAUUCCAUGCAGAGAAAGGGAGGUGGUAGGGUGGCAUUGUUUGAGGCAGAAUUAAUGACUGUUGGGAAUGCUGUUUGAGAUAUAACUUUUAACAUUCUUUAAGGAUAAUGUGCACUCUAGUCCCUGGCUGCAGCUUGCACUUCACCUCAGUGAAGUGUUUUUGGUAGGAGGAAAGAGGCAGUCAUGCUAGUGUUAAGAGUAUUACUAUCCCAACUGUGGAAAAACAGUUUCAUCAGUUAAUGCGAUUAAGCCAGAAAGUGCCUUAUACUGAGCUUUAACAUAAGGGGAAGCUUGCUUUAACAACCACAUGUAUUCUGCUAAGAUGCUGUGUGGGCUGUGAUAAUGGGGAUGAAAUAAAUAUUGUGAAAUG